UCUACACCUAAACAGGCCUAUUUUCUAUAAAAUUGUACAGCAUCUAUAUUCAUAUUUUGAAUGCCUUGCAUUCAAAUAAUAUGCAUUUCUCAGUUUCUCUUACCUUGAAAUCAGACAUCUGAAGAGUAGUCACAUCGUUUUACACUCCGCCUAUGGCCUACUGCAGGGAUCAUCAACUAGAUUCAGCCUCUGGACGAUUUUGUUUCUUGAUUGGACGAUCGGGACCGGAUCAAAAUUAAGCAAUAAGGCCUGAGGGGGUGUGGUAUAUGGCCAAUAUACCAAGGCUAAGGUUAGAUCUUAUGCACGACCCAACGCUAAGUGCCUGGAUACAACCCUUAGCCGUGGUAUAUUGGCCAUGUACCACAACCCCCCAAGGUGCCGUAUUGCUUUUAUAAAAUGGUUACCAAUGUAAUUAGAGCAGUAAAUAUAAAUAUUUUGUCAUACCCGUGGUAGUAUACGGACUGAUUUACCACGGCUGUCAGCCAAUCAGUAUUAAGGGCUCGAACCAGGCAUUUAUGAUUGCAAAUAAUUUGUAGAUUGCAUAUUGCCUGCAAGUAGCCCAAACAGAUAUAAUGUUUGACUGAAACAUAAUCACUUCAAACCUUGCUUACAUUUGUAUACGGUCACGUCUCUCUUUUAUGUGUGUGAAUACUUGGGAACAGAUUUCUUCAAUUAAAAUCACUUGGAGCUCAUUUCCUGUCGUUACAGUCUUUUAUGUCCAACAAUGAAAAUGUGAAGAAAAAAUAAUAUCUCUGAACACUUGAGGGGACAACUAAAAACAUCAGUUGGGGUACCCUGGCCUACUGGCUUGAUAGAGCGAGUGUUGCUGUCCAUGGUUCUGAAAGCGAGCUAAACUUCAAAGCUGAAGCGCCCGGUGUUUAAUGCGCUUUAACGUAUGAAUUGAUUUCUAUGACGCUGUACAAAAGUGUUGUGCUUCAGGAUUGUUUUAAUAUGUCACAUCCCAGAAAAGGUGUAUGUAGAGUAUUUUGAGAAAAUAGCCAGGAAGGUUUACAACGAAUGGAUAAAUAUACAGUUGCAUCAUGUUGCAGCUUGAUCUUAUAGGCGAAACAAUUGCCAUUGACAUUGUAAGCUUAAAGGUCCGUGCUGUAUAUUUAUCCAUUUCACCCGUGUCUACUUGUUUCCAAGGCUGAAAUCUUACUAAGUGCUGUCCAUGGUGCUGCAACAGUUCUUGCUUAUUGCUGAUGAGAGGCAGUGUUCUUUUUAGAUGAAUACUUGUCACUGGUGUAAUGCAAUAGAUGCAAAGUGAAAUUUACGUCAGAGAAAAGUGUUUCAGCAAUCUGGACACUCUCACACUGUUAACCCUUUGGGCUUUGCUUAUCAAUGUCCCUUUUGCGUUUUCACUCGUCCUUGAUUGGUAUGGCUUCUGUCGUUGUUAUCAGAACAUGACAAUCUGAAUAUUUAUUUCAUUAGAUUAGGUUGACAUUUCUUCACCGACUUUCUCUGUGUUUUGCAUUGAAUAGAACGUUUUUCCGUUUAACACACAGGCAUUUUGGGUAGUGAAAAUCCAACACGAUGUGGUCUACUGGAGUUUGUCUCAAUAUUCUAACAAGUGAAAUGAUAAUAACACGUGAAAUAGUAUACAUUCUUAUUUAACAUGAGUAAUAUAGACUAUGUACAACAUUACACAUGGUGUCGCUAUAGACCACAGAAAUUAUAGUAGUCGUUUAUAUUCUAUGACUCCUCCUCUCUGAAUGAGAAAAAGACUUGCGUCAUCAGUCCCGAGAGCUUUGUCAAAAGAAACACUCGAUUGGUGGUGAGACGGAAAUGGCUGGGCUGUUCACGGUCUCUAUAACGGAUUUUUUUAGGUUUCAAUGAUAUGUAACUAUUUACUAUUGGAUUUGUUCAUCUUGUACAAGCAGCGAUGGGUCGUCGAAGACAAAGAGAACGCGUUUGGAUUCAGUGCGUCGCGUUGCUUUGUUUAUUUGACUGGUCUGCAGCGCAGAUCUCUUACUCCGUUUCAGAGGAGGUGGACAAAGGCACGUUUGUGGGGAAUCUGGCUAAGGACUUAAACCUUAAUAUUCAGGAACUGGAGUCGAGGGGUCUAAGGAUUGUAUCAGGACAGAGUAAGAGGUAUUUUGAGGCAAAUUUGAAAACAGGGAUUCUGUACGUAAACGAGAGGAUAGACCGAGAGGAGCUUUGUCCGAAUACGGUAAAGUGCUCUUUAAACAUACAGGCCAUACUGAGCCACCCAAUGCUUCUCCACCGUAUUGAUGUCACUAUUUUAGACAUCAAUGACAAUGCACCAUCAUUCCUCGAGAAAUUGCAUAUACUCAACAUAGCUGAAUCUUCCUUUCCCGGUGAGCGAUAUCCUCUAGCAAUAGCGAAUGACGCAGAUACGGGCAUUAACUCGGUAAAAAGCUACAGGCUGAGCCCGAAUGAACACUUCUCCCUGGAUGUACAGAGCGGUGGAGAGCAGAGUGUGUCUGCUGAGUUAGUGCUGCAGAAAGCUUUAGACCGAGAGAAGCAGCCCGUUAUCCAGCUCACACUGACCGCUAUAGAUGGAGGAAAACCGCCUAGAUCAGGGACGUUAGUUAUAAUUAUCAAUGUGCAAGACGUUAACGAUAAUAUUCCAGUUUUUAACAAACAGCUUUACAAAUUUCGUGUUACUGAGAACGUGCGAUUUGGUACUAUUGUUGCAGCACUCAAUGCCACAGAUUUAGAUGAGGGAAUUAACAGUGAAAUAGAAUAUUCUCUUAUUGGUCGCGGGAGUUUAAACGCCCCCGAUGUUUUUACCGUUAACUCUGAAACCGGAGAAGUUACUGUGAAGGGGAGUAUAGAUUACGAGAUUAACUCCGCUUUUGAGAUUCGUGUUCAAGCUAAAGACAAAGGCACUCCGCCUCGUAGCACCCACUGCAAAGUAUUAGUUGAGGUUAUUGAUGUCAAUGACAAUUCUCCAGAAAUCUCAGUAACGUCACUCAUGAGUCCAGUGAAAGAGGAUGCUGAGAUAGGGACAGUGGUCGCCUUGGUGACAGUGACAGAUAAAGAUAGUAGUAAAAAUGGCAUCACCAACUGUAAACUUCCUGGGUCUGUUCCUUUUAAACUAAAGUCGAACUAUAAAAAUGAUUAUUCUUUAGUGGUCGACGGGCCUCUUGACAGAGAGAGUGAAUCUCAGUACAAUGUCACUAUCACGGCUACGGAUGAAGGGACCCCGCCUCUCUCCAGCACCAGCGUUAUUACUGUACACGUUUCUGAUGUGAAUGACAAUGCUCCUCGCUUCUCAGAACCCGUGAUGAAUGUUUAUGUGAAAGAGAACAGUCCGGUAGGAGACGUCAUUUAUACAAUUUAUGCAUUUGAUCGAGAUUCCGAAGAAAAUGCAAAGAUUAGGUAUGCAUUAUUAGAUAAAAGGGUUUCAAUAUCAUCAUCCGUUAAUAUAAACUCAGAUACUGGAGAUAUAAUCAGUCUGCAGUCUUUUAACUAUGAGGAGAUACAAACUUUCCAGUUCAAAGUUCAGGCCACAGACUCUGGUGUUCCUCCACUCAGCAGCAACGUGACUGUGAACGUUUUUAUCCUGGAUGAGAAUGACAACAGUCCUGGGAUUCUCGCGCCCUAUUCUGAACACGGCUCCGUUAACGCUGAGAACGUUCCCUAUUCUGCUGAAGCGGGCUACUUUGUGGCCAAGAUCAGGGCUGUAGACGCCGACUCUGGCUACAAUGCGCUGCUUUCUUAUCACAUCUCUGAGCCCAAGGGAACCAACCUCUUCCGAAUCGGAACCAGCACCGGGGAACUGAGGACUAAGAGGAGAAUGAGUGACAAUGACCUGAAAACUCACCCGUUGGUCGUGUUGGUUUCUGAUAACGGAGAACCCUCACUGUCAGCGACUGUGUCUAUUGAUGUAGUGGUGGUUGAAAGUACAGGUGAAAUCCAGACUCAAUUCAGAAAUGUGCCGAGAAAGGAGGAGAACUUCUCUGAUUUGAACCUGUAUUUGUUGAUCGCCAUUGCCUCGGUGUCAGUGAUAUUUUUACUGAGCCUCAUCAGUUUAAUAGCAGUAAAAUGCCACAGGACAGAGGACAGUUUCAGAAGGUACAGCGCCCCAGUGAUCAACACACACCCUGACGGAAGCUGGUCUUACUCUAAAUCUACUCAGCAGUAUGACGUGUGUUUCAGCUCAGACACACUGAAGAGUGACGUAGUGGUUUUCCCCGCUCCGUAUCCACCUGCAGAUGCAGAACUGAUCAGUAUUGACGGAAAUGACACGUUUAACAGGACUCAGACAUUACCCAACAAAGAGGAGGUAAGAACUGUACAUAACUGGGCCGAUUUUGCUUUUGAAUGAUCAGUGUAUUACUAUUUUGAACUUGCAGUCAAAUAGUAUUGUUUUCUAAGUUCAUCUUACUUUAAAAACGUCCCUCUACUCGAGAGUUGUCACAUUGGCUUUGUUUUGCACUGUGCGCAUGGCCUCCUUGUCUAACUGAAUGAGUGUUGCUGUCCAUGGUUCGAAAAGCGGGCUAAACUUCAGAGCUGAAGGAUUCGCACCAAGCGUUCAGUGCUCUUUGACCCUCAUAACUCAACUCUGAAACUCGAAGCAUGUUCCACUGCAUUUUUUCAUUGUUCCCCUCUAAUCAGGGACUGAUUUCGACCUGGGUUCACCAGGUGUGUGCAAUUUAUGAUCAGGUAGAACAGAACAGCAGCAUGCUCCGGACCCCGGGUAAGAGUUGAAUACCCCUGCUCUAUGACAUAUGAAUGUCUUUCUUUGACUCUGUGGUAGGGUAUUGUAGUAAGUAUAGUAUUGUGAGAAGAUAGGCAGAACCUUCUACGACGUAUAGGAAAUACACAUCCAUCAUGUUACAGAUUAAUAAUAUAGGCUACGCAAUUACCCUUAACAUUGUCCGUUUAAAUGGUGCAUACUUCAUCUUUAUCCAUUUCAACAGUAGAUAUUUGUUUCCAACGUUGAGGAAGUGGUGAAAUCUCAC